AUGGCAGUCCGUGCGGUCCAGUACACCAUAAAGGUGGAAGUGAUCGAAGUCCGGGGCCUCUCUUUCAAGGAAUCUGCUGGGGAGAAGGAAAUAGUGCCUAACCCCUAUGUCGACGUGACAGUGGGUGGCACCACAAAGAGCACUGUGCAGAAAAAUCAAGUCGUAUCGGCCACGUUCAAUGCGUCGUUUAAUUUUCAAGCCACACUCACUCCUGAAGAGUUCCAGCGGAGCUAUGUGGAGCUGGCGGUCAUGCAUCGCUACACACUGUUGGGGGGGGUGGGUCUGCAGAGCGCUUUGAUCGGUAAGUACGUCUUUAGCUUUGCAUGUGUUUACUCAAAAAGCCAACAUUGGAUGUACCGACAAUGGAUCAAACUCAACAACUUCGAGCAACUCGUCUCAGACCCCGGCAUGAUGUUGCUGACUGUAGGGGUGUUCGGGCCUGGUGACCCCUUGCCUGUAAUAGACGAGACUGUGGCAUACGUGAACGAAGACGGGGACCGCGUGACGAAAGAGGUCGACGUAAAAUCGACAUACUACAACCUCACAGUUAAUAUAUUCAAAGGCCAAGACAUCAGUGAAGUUGUUGGGCAGAUCACAACCACAUGCGAGCCGUUCAUUAAGGUGAGACACGGGGGAGCAGAACUGCAAACGCGAUCUUUGCCGGAACAUAGUCCGGAGUGGCAAGCUUCCAUCAGCCUCCCUGCCUCAGUGCCUUGCCACGAUGACACCGUGCUGGUUGAGCUGUGGAACGGCGGUAGUAGUGCUGUGUUGAUGGCAACCAUGGUAUUAGACUUUUUCGAAUUGAUUAAGAACGAAACGCCGACUAGAUGGUUUAAUUUUUACUGGAGACCGCCGACGGAAGGCCUGCUGGGAGCUGUGCAUGACAUGCUGACUAACGCGGAGUUGCGCCAAGCGAACGCAUACGCAGGCCGCAUUCUGUUAAACGCCUCCUGCGUUAAAGUUCAGGCGCCGCUACCUAUGGGGGUGCGGCCGAUCCGCGCUGUGCACGAGCCCCCCCAAGUUGAGUAUGUGCUUUGGGUGGACGUCUACGAGGUUUCGUGCAAUGCGCUUUUAAGCAACGAACUACAGGUGGAGGUAUCGUUCGGCCCUCAUGUGCUCAAAUCGCCACCUGUGAUGAUAGAGGAGGCUGGAUCCUACACCCUUGAAGCAGAACAAGGCCGUAUGGAAGAGCUUAAGGUUUACUUGCCAGCUGACGACGCCCAGACUUGGGCAUUUUUUUUGUACAUCAGCAGCAUAUCGUCCGCCAGUGCUGCUGCUAACGUGGCGGCAAAUGUGAUGAACUGGUUUGGAGGCCUUGCGGGGGUUGCAGAGACGGACCAAAAUGCAGAACCGGCGGUCAGGACGAGUCGCCUUGCCUGGGCCAUGAUUCCUUUUAACACCAAAGCUCUCCAAGACGGCAAACCCAUGUGGUAUUCUCUGCGCGCUGCAGACGGCUCAGGCACCGACCCAUUUUCAGUACUUGUUUCCAUCACAUGCAGGCCAGCCAGAACCAUGGGAGAACGGCCAGCAAGACUGCAAUACAACUUGCAGCGAUACUACUUCCGAGCCCUCAUCUACGAAGGACUGCAUCUUCCCGCUGUGGGAUACGACCAGUUCCCCAAUCCGUACAUAAAGAUAGUGCUUGGCAGUCAGCAGCUGAAGACCCUUACAUUUCGACAAACGCUGAACCCGUCGUACUAUGAGGCCAUGGAGAUGGAAGUCAUUUUGCCUGAGAUGAUGCAGUUGGCUCCAGACAUAGUGCUGGAAGUGUGUUCGGAGUCAGAUUCCAUCAUGUCGUCAGAUAUCGUCCUCGGUUCAACAACGUACCCGAUUCAGAAGGUCCCGAAGGAGUGGAAGAAAGCUCCAGUUUGGCUGAUGCUGCAGUCAAAGCAAUAUCCCAGGUGUAAGGCAAAGGUACUAGUUGCUUUUGAGCUCGUACCAGCAGAGCUUGUCGAGAACGACACUUACCCGUUCUUUGAUGAUAUCCGACCUUCUACGAAGGAAGCAACUGUGUCAAUCUUCCUGGUUGGCGUUAGGCUAUUCUCCCCUGUCCAAAGGCCAUAUGUCGAGGUCUGCUUUGGCCGUGACGUGGAAGAUACAACAAAGCCUCUUUGGUCCGAACGCACGAGCGAGCCACAUGUGGGAGAAGGCGGCAACUGGAACUUUUUGCAACACUUCAAUGUCGGUGUGUCUUUGCCAAAGAGAAUGCAGCAUCACUGCUUCAUGGAGGUCAAAGUUCUUGAUGAAGUUGAAGGGAUAUCUGGGCGCACGAUGAAGGAUGUUGGCAUGGCCUACAUCACUCUCAAUCCCCUGUUGCCUUGGUUGGAACAGCGGGAACGUGAAGAGACCAGGGAAAUGUUCAAACUCCAAGUCAUGGAGGAAGUCAUGAUAGAGGAUGCUGAGAACGCCAGGCGUAUUAGUGACGGUGUCGCGGGUCACGCAGGCGAGGCGAAGGCAACUGGUGAAGAAACCGCGUCGGUGCAAGCUCGGCUGGCGAUGGCAGCAAAGCUCGACAAGAAAAUGGUGGUGCCAUACAACGAUCCCGAUGCGGCAAACUCUCGUCUGGAAGCUACAGAUGACUACGUCGCGUUUGGAGCGGCUGCAGCUCCAGUUGCCACUCGGGCCUUCACAGCUUCUCUUGAGAAAAGUGAGACCAAGCCACGUGCGAGAGGAAAAGGCUUUCUUGGAGGCCUAAAGAUGAAGAAAAGCAACGGCGGCCAAAUUGGCAGUGAUGCUGAUGGAGCCGACAACGCGAAUGAGCUUUAUGGGUUUGAGCCUGAAGCUCUGGACUUUGUGCUGACCAUGGCGGACGAAGACGAAGUAGAAGAGAAUAUGCGCGAUGAAAUUCCAUACGAAAUGGAAACGGACUUCGGUGUUAAUGACCUCCCCUACCUACGGGUUCCCAUAUUCAGAUGCACUGACUGUGGCGUUCCUGAGACAAUCGGAUACCUAAAGUAUAUCUGCAGAGUCUACCAGGGAGAAGAAUGUGGCAGCGAAAUGGAGGAGAUGAACAAACUGUGCCAGGAUUUGGUACAGAAGUACGAAACAACACGGGAACUCGUUGUGCGAGCAUAUGUACUGGCCGCUCGAGGUCUCGUGCCUCCCUCAGGGGCGUCCGAUAUCCAGACGUACGUUUGGAUUUACAAUUCUUCGAGUACAGCCACUCUUUCGGGGGGGCUAACACACAAUUUGAAGGACUCGGGUCAUGUUAAAAAGCAGGGCUUCAAACCAGAGUUCAACAGGUGCUAUGGCCUGGCAUGCUCCCUUCCAGAGCAUGCUGUUGUGCAAGUGGCCAUCAUGAAUCAAGGAAGAGUGAUGGAUGAAUGUGUUGGCAAGACUUUCAUAGAUAUGGAGGACCGUUUCUUCAACCCAAAGGUGGCGGCCAUGGUGGAACAAGAAAUAACGCCAAUUGAACUAAGAACUUUGAAAGUGGAAGGCAGCACAGUCUCGCAUGGCACUUUAAGAGGCUUUUUCGAGAUUAUGACGGAGGAUUACGCGCAAGAGCAUCCUCAGUUUACUCUUGCCAGCGCAGAAGCAGAUGACUUCCAGCUUCGGUUAGUUAUAUGGCGUGUAAAGGCCGUCCCUUUGGACGACAACUCCUCCGUUUCGAUGUUCGUUCGUUCUAUAUUCACGCUGGAGGAGAACUCGGAGAUUGUACACGACACGGACACGCACUACAACAGCAAAGACGGGUCGGGUGUGUUCAACUGGCGAUGUGUUUUCGACGUAAAGAUCCCCGCACCUAUUCCCGUGCUGAAAGUGCAAAUAUGGAACUAUGCAGUGCUCAGUUCUGGAGAGCCCAUAGGCGAAUGCAACUUCGACCUCACUGCGGACUUCUUCAGAGCUCGAAAACGUGGACAGAUCUAUCGUCUGCCGCGGUUCUGGCUUCGCUGUACACAUCCUGCUUUCAAGGGGAAGUCACGGGGAUCAGUGGAGGUGGAGGCGAGCAUUUUGCCCCUGAAAGAGGCUGACUAUUCGCCAGUGGGCCAAGGUAGAGAGGAGCCAAAUAGAGACCCAUUUCUCCCUGCAGUGACACAAAACAGGACUUACGUAGACUGGGAAGCUAUUAACGAAACUGUUGGCGCGGCGAGCUCAGCAAUUAUGUCCGGACUGAAAUGGACCGGUGUUUGGAUGGCCGUAGCAGGCGUCGUCGCGAUUGUAAUUUUCAUUAUGUUCCUUCUUAAGUGA